UCUAUCCAAAAAUUGUCGGUUUUUGGUACCCAAGUCAAAGGAAAUCAUUCGUGCUCGUUGCUCGGCUCGUGAAACCAGUCCAACGCGUUCCCACGGACUAAAGAGGCUCGUGUAUAUUUUCACUAUUUUCUUUUUACCUUUUUUCGAAUAUUUUAUUUAUUUAUUUUUAAACAAUAUGGAGUGGUCAAAUGAACUGAUCUUAGAAUUUCUUGAUCUGUAUGAACAAGAACCUUGUAUCUGGAACCCAAAACACCCACAACACAAAAUUCGCAAUUCCAUACAUGAUUCGUGGGUAAAUAUUUCAAAAAAUCUCAGUUUACCGUAUUCAAUAAGUGACUUGAAAAAGAAGAAAGAAUCGUUGAUGGCCACAUUCAGGAAACUCGUUAACAAAGUUAAAACGAGUAAAAAAACGGGAUCGGGAUUAGAUGACAUCUACAAACCUGACUGGUUCGCAUACGAAGCAAUGGCCAAGUUUCUACAUAGCGUGAACCAACCUAAUGCCACCAAAAGUUCAGAGUUCCUUAUUCAGUUCGUGCUGGGUCCUGAACCCAAAAGGGACAAAUGUUCUCUUUAUAGCAAGUUACUCGGAAGGAAGUUGAGUGAACUUGAUGAACAAACUCAAGAAUAUGCUAUGUUUGAGAUUGAUAAGUUUGUAUAUGGACUUAAACAAAAAAAAUAUGCAACUCAAAACUACAAUCCACAGUAUACAGCGCCAGUUAGCACGAUUUGUAAUCAGCCUUCUACAUUUUCCACAUCAACUUUUCAUUCUCCAUCACCAACUGCAUAUACAUACACCACAUCAUCAUCACCAGUAUCUCAACAUUCUUACCCUCAAUCAUCGAACUCAAGCUUUCAGAUGUCACCUGAAGAUAUGUCACUCGCAUCAGUCUCGCCUGAUUUGCAACAACAUCAUAAUUAUAGACCUACAUACACGAUUAUUCAAAAUCAAAGUCCUGCAACACAUGGAAAUCAGGAGGAAGAACAUUCUAAUAUAUUUAACUUACAAUAA